CAGCAUCACUUUCCAAAGUUUAUCUCGGUAAUUUCCUGGAGUCUCCAAACCACCGACCGGCCUGCUUUGUUUACAUUUUGUGGCCCAGGCGUGUGUGCUAUCUGUCGGUUCUCUUUCGCUACGACCCGCUCCAGCUCGCUUGGCUGGUGUUUAGACACUCGGUCCAGUAAAUAUAAUGUUACCGAGCCAGGUUGGAUCGGCACCAUCUGGAAACGGUUCAGCUUCUGGCAGGGGUACCACAGGACACGGUUCGGGGCUCGUCGGCGGCGGGAUUCGUCCCGUUUUGGUGAGAGCAGGGCAAGCUUUACCGGGGGUCAGCGAGAGUGCUGGUGUUGCGGGGCGACAGGGGGACCGAGACGCCGUCGGGAUGCUGGGUGCGAACGGUCCAGGGGGUCCGAGAGGUGCCAGACCUGGGAACGGGACCGGGGUGAACCCUCUGCAGACCGCCGUCCAAGGCAACAUGGUGGGGCUGAACACGGCGGUUGUGUUGCCUCACGGAGCCCGCUUCGACCCGGACCGGGAGAGCGCUCCUCUGUGCAGCGGCUCAGAUAAUGACUCGGACUCCGGGGACGAUGAUGACCCAGUGGGUUCACUCGGGGACACCAGGAGAGGGGUGAAGCGGGAGAGAGGGGAGAUGGAGGCGGCGGUGGCGGGCCAGGAGGUGGGAGUAGCUCCCGGAGGUUACGGCAUGGUGCCCGGAGGGGUCGCCGGGGCAAAGCCGGGGAAGAAGACACGUGGGCGCGUAAAGAUAAAGAUGGAAUUUAUUGACAACAAGUUGAGACGGUACACCACUUUCAGCAAGAGGAAGACGGGCAUUAUGAAAAAGGCAUAUGAACUCUCCACCCUGACAGGAACCCAGGUUCUGCUGCUUGUGGCCAGCGAAACGGGUCACGUCUACACUUUCGCCACCCGCAAACUCCAGCCCAUGAUUACCAGCGAAACAGGCAAAGCCCUGAUCCAAACAUGCCUCAACUCCCCAGACUCACCGCCCCGCUCUGACCCCUCCACAGACCAGCGCAUGAGCGCCACGGGCUUCGAGGAGACGGACCUCACCUACCAGGUGUCUGAGUCGGAGAGCAUGGGCGACACAAAGGACACACUGAAGCCGACGUUCACGGUAGCGAGCCUACCAGGCACUACCAGCAGCGCCCAGUCCACAGUCCCCACCACCUCCACCACCAUGCAGGUGAGCAGCGGACCUUCGUUUCCCAUCACCAACUACCUGGCCCCCGUCUCAGCCAACAGCAAUGUCAGCGCCAACGGAACUGUCCUCAAGACUGCUGGUGGCUCCACAGGCGUCAUGCAGCUGCCCAGUGGCUUCACUUUCAUGCCCGCAGGCACUCCUCUCCCCCCUGGCACCCCCACCAUUCCUUUGAGCCAGCUGCAGCAGCACUCCCUGGCCCUCCAGGGGCAGCAUGGUCAGACCCUGGCCGCCGCCCCGCAGCCACAGCAGGGACAGCAGGCUGUCUUCCGCUUCCCUGCUGCUGUCUCCCUCACAGGUGCAGGGGUUCCCCAGCAGCUCCAGGCUAUCCAGGUCCAUCCUAACACCCAGUCCACCUCCAACAGUGACAGCAGCCCAGAGAUCUCCCACACCUCAACAAACUCCACUGCAACGGUAAGUCUCCCAGCAACCAUUGUCACUUCAUCGGUGCCAACGUCCGUGGCGGGUCACAUGAUGUACCCCAGCCCCCACACGGUGAUGUACGCCUCCACGCCGGCGCUGGCUGAUGGGGGGCUGGCCGUGCUCAACGCCUUCUCCCAGGGAACCUCGGCCAUGCAGGUGUCCCACGCACAAGCCCAGGACACAGGUGCUGUCCCUCAGGUGUUCCUCACAGCACCUCCAGGCACGGUGCAGAUCCCCGUCUCAGCAGUGCAGCUACACCCAAUGGUGAUUGGCCAACAGUCGAGCGGCAGCAGCAGUAAUCUGACGGAGCUCCAGGUGGUAAACCUGGACGCAGCACAGAACUCGAAGAGCGACUGACAGACGGCUGGAGCUGUGUAACACGGCAGACCCAGAGACAAACUGACUGACUGACAUCUCUAUUUAUUGAUGCCUUCCUACAGAGUUUCACAUCACACUUCUGAAUGUGACUUUAAAGUACAUAUAUACACACAAUUAAGGGCAUAUGUGUGGCAGACCCUUAUACGGUAUGUUUUGGUAUAUAAAUAUAUAUAUAGAUAUAUAUAUAUUCGCAAAUGCAUAGGAGAUAUAUCACUAUAUCCAUCAUUGGAACCUAUUUUCUAUGCCAUUAGAUGGUGUUAUUUUUUGCGUGUGUGUGUGUUUUCUGAAAAUGUGUAAUUACAUGUACACACACACACUGCAAGGUGCCACAGCUUCACACCAGCCAAAGAGACAUUUGUUUGUCUGAAUGUUCCAGUGUGAGCAAUUUGUGCACAAGCGUGUGUCCGUGUGUGCGCGCAUAUCUGGGGUUUAUAAAUGGGCGGGGAGACUUACAAAAGGAAAAAAAAAAAAAAGACAUUUGGAAAUGUACAUAAUUUUUUUUUAAAAAUUGAUAACUUGUAUUUUUAGCCUGGUUAAGUUUGUGCAACGGCAUGUAGUUGUUUUUUACGUAGUGGUUUUUGUAUGUACAUGAAAAUGAUUUGCAUAAAAGAAAAUGAAUUAUUUACAUGUAUAUGUAAAUUAAUUUAAUAUACCAUCACAUGUUGAUAUACUGUCAUGCUGUUGGGAGUUUUCACUACAAGAUGGAGAAAGAACGCUGGAUGUUUUUCUACAUUUCUUUUUUUUCUGAUUGUGACAUUUGUAGGACUGUCCCUCAAAUAGAGUUAAGUAGCUGGGUUGUGAAAAGGAAAAUAAAAUCUGUAUUAAUUUUGCUGUAAACAUAUUCUACACUUUAGCUGGGACGAUUUCAGUGCACCAGCUGAUUGGCUGGUCGUUUAGUAUUACAUCAGUUCUGCAUUUGAGAUUUACUUAUGAGCACCUUUGGCAACAGUCUGAUGGAAAUAUUUGAUGUCUGAGCUUUUAGCAUAUUGUCAUCUAUAAUCUCACCAGUGUUCAUACAGAAACACGAGCAUGGCUUUCACUCUCCUUAAAUUGAUAUUUAAGUGACUUCAGGCAGAGUAUUUUCACUUAUUUUUAAUUCCACCAUUGUUGGUUUGAUCCUUCUUUGGGUCUCAAACCUGGGCGUGCCAACAGGUUUUAUUACAUCAAUUUUUUUGAAGCAGCCCAUCGAAACCCGUGGCUCUGAUUUGCCUUCGUUAGUUAUGAAUAACUGUAAUUAUGCUUCUCAUGAUGAUUAUUAAACAUAAAACUCCAGUUUAAUAAGAUCAGGUGAUGCCACUGUGUAGACUUCGCAAUCAUCUUCAAUGCUACAAUCAAAGCAUUAUUUCAUUGUGUGGAAGCACUCUGUUACGCAAGUGAAGUCUCAGUGCUGCAGGAUUACAACAGUAAUGGAUAUUUUCUAAGGAUCUCUUAAUUCAGAGAAGUGACUUCAGGUGCUUUAAAGUGGUAAAUUACUGUAAGACCCUGGUUGACUGCAAUCUCAGUAUGUACCUCAGCAAUCAUCAAGAAUGAGAGUUAUUAGACUGAGAGCCUUCUUUCUGCACCAUAGUGCCUCUUUUCCAUGGCUGAUUUCUAAAAUCACUGCAAGGCAAGGACGAUGUAGGAUUUACUUCUUUCCAGACCACCUCACAUGACUUCUGGACCUGUCACACAAUCCUCUGCUGUGCCCAGGGAGUGAGAUUUUUGACUCAUUUCUGCAGAAUUAGCUGGAUGACUGAACAUGGCAGGCUUGAAGCCAAAGAGAAUUUGAUGUAGGAUAAAGUUGACUCCUGUUCAGUUAUUCACUGGGAAGAGAGGUCAUUUUCAUGCUUGAUUGUUCUCUGGUCUAUUCAUGUUGCCAUGUUAUUCUGCAGGGCUGUUUGCAUAGGAAAGCGACACGUUACAGGCAUUCACUGCUCUGAUAUUAUGUGGUGGUUAUUCAGAGAUAUUAUUUUGAAAGGGAUAGAAUCUGUGGUUUUCACCUUGCCAUUGAAAGAAAUGGUUAUUUUGUGUAUUUUUGUUUUAUUGUACAGACAUUUUGUAAUAAAACAAGAUGAAACACAACAAACUUUAAAGAAUGAGCACAUCUCCUGCUAAAGAGCUUUUUUUUUGUUUGCUUAAAUUGGGACGGAGAAUGUUAAAACCCUAUGGUCCUGAAUGAAACCUAAUAAAUGUGUAUGACAGCA